ACAAGUCAUAAAGUAUAUGCCUCUUGAAACAGUCCUGCAAAUAUAACAUUUUAAUUGCACGGGUGUUUUUUGGCUUCACGAUUAUCACAUGGAAGUCAGCAAAGCGUUCCCGUCUCUGCCCUCCCUUCCUCUACUUGCUGUACAUCAAAACGAGCGCACCCCAUCUAGACGAAACCACCCUGAUCUGGCGAGCCCGUAACGAAGCUGUGAGUGAGAGAGGACAACAACGCAGUAUCAUCAAAUUACCAUCGAAGACUGUUUAAGCCUCAUGUCACGGGCCAUGAUGGGGAGGUUGUGUGAGAUGGCUCUUAUAUCCCUUCUUAUUGUGUUUCUCCUGAGCACUGACUCGACAUGGGCUAAAAAGGGUACUGGGAAGAAAACCUCAUCCUUCAGCAACAAGGGGAGCACAAAUUCCAAACCAUCCAGCUCUAAGCCACAGAGUCCUAAUCGCAACACCAAUCCAUAUCCAUCUGGGGGAAGUUACCCGUAUCCAGGAACUGGCAACUCUAAUCCAGGAGGAUAUCCCAGACAAAACCCAGGAGGUUAUCCCAACCAGAAUCCUGGUAGAGCCAGUCCUGGAGGUUAUCCCAACCAGAAUCCUGCAGGUGGCUAUCCAGCCGCUGGGGGGUAUCCUAACCAGAACCCUGCAGGUGGCUAUCCAGCCGCUGGGGGGUAUCCUAACCAAAACCCAGGGAGAGGGAAUUAUCCAAAUCAGUAUCCACCUGCUGGAGGCUACCCAGCAGCAGGUGGCCAUCCAAACCAAUAUCCAGGCAGAGCUGGUACCAACCAAGGAGGAUAUCCUAAUCAGUACCCUGGUGCAGGAGGCUACCCAGCUGGAGGAGGUCAUCCACAGCAGUAUCCAGCUGCUGGGGGUUACCCAGCAGGUGGCUAUCCUAAUCAAAGGUCCCCUUACCAGUACCCAGCAGCAGGUGGUUACCCAGUCAGAGGUGGAAGCACAGGACAAGGUUGGGGUCAGCCUGGUGCAUACCCAGGGGGUUACCCUGGUGGAGCAGUUGGAGGUUACCCUAACUGGAACCCAAAUAAUAAGAUCCUCAGUCCUGGCUAUGGUGGAGGAGGCUAUGGGUAUGGUGGUUAUGGUCAUGGGAUGGGAGGGUCUGCUUUUUCUCGAUCUGUGCAGAGUAUGGGAUACAAACCCAAGUCUUCAGGUUUUGCCAAGAAAGCCAUGGUCGCAGCAGGCGUUGGUGCUGUGGCUGGCAUGGCCGUUGGCUAUGGACUGGGGCGCUUUCCUCGACCACAUUUCAGUUUUCGCAGCCCUCAAGAAGAGUACUACUACAACAACUACAUGUACCAUCGUUAUGGCACCCAGUCCACAGAUAAUAAAGACUUUGGCCGUGAUUAUGUCUACCAGCCCCCACCACGGGCAGAGUCUUUUGAGAACUUCAUGGGUCGCUGUAUGAAUAGCACUAACCUUCUGAAAGAUCAGGGCAGCAGCUCUACCACUCCUAAAAGUCAGGAUGGAGGUGAUGAGGAAGAUGACACUGUCAGCAUUGAGGAGAUUGGAUACCCAGCCCUAAUUGAGCAACUGAAGACCCGACGCUGUGUUGAGAAGUACAUGGAAUACUCUGAGCGUUUUCUGCAGGAAAGAAAAGCUGAGCAACAGUGGCAGCCUCGUAGUCGCAGCAGCCCCCUGAGUUUCGGGAUGAUUCAGCUUAUCACCUCCUUUGUCAUUCUACUGUCCAGCAUGCUCCUUCUCCAGUAAGAAAAAAAUAACCUAAAUAGAUUUCUACUUUCUUUAUUAUAUCUGCAGUUCCACAUUCUGCUAAUGUAUUACUAUAGUACAGAUGACAGCUGUAUACUUGCAAGCGCUUUGGGUCAUAUUAAGUUUAUCAUUUAGCGCUGAAGAAAACUUGCAAGAGGUAACAAAAUGUUAUAGUAACAAAUGCAUCAAAAUUUCAAUAGGCCACACUCAUUUCAAAAAUUUAAAGUUAGAUCAGUUUUGUGUGGUACAAGCUGCACUAAGUUGUUCUGUUAAACUUUUUUUGAGAACUAUGAUUUUGCACUUUUCUACUCCACAUUAUUAAAUGCACUGAAUGCAUAGAAAGAGAUUUGGGUUACUUAUGUUUUGUUUUUGUGACAGUUUAUUAUGACAAUAGCUCUGCUACUGUGUAAAAUAGGAAUGUGACUAUAACAGUUUAAAAUAUGUACAAGAAACUAACAUCACCACAUAAUUCAUUCAUCCUUAUCAUCUGUACUGAAUUCAGCAGACUUGUUUUUCAAGUGGUUAAGUGAGCUUAAUCAAAGGGAAAUUUUAUUUUAACCACCCCACCUUUUAACCCCAAGGAGAUUUUUCAGAUGCAGAUGAGCUGAUCACUUCUAGAUACUAUAUGGCAGUGAAAACAAAAUGAGAGAUAAUCCUCUCCAUUCCAAAAAUGAUAAAUGAAGUAAAGGAUUAGACAAUGUUGGGAUAAUGGAAGUACACAACUCAACAUAUUAUAUAACAAAUGUCUAGUCAGUUUUAGACAUUUUAAUCUGAACAUGCUACGUAUUAUAUCUCUAAGUCAAACUUGUGACCUUCUAAUUUGUGAACAUCAAUUAAUCAUAUUGGGUAAUGCUGGAGGUCCUUUGGACAGAUGCUUUAAUAUCCCACAGUGAACAACACUUGUAUGACAAAAUAAGUACAGAAUAUUCCUACUCCUUCUCAGGUACAUGAUACUAACACAUGUUUUGCUGUUCAACUGCCUGUACAAUCCUAGGUUGCAUGCAGUAGCCUUUGACAGUAAGGUUACAUUAGUAAAUGGUGUCAUUAGUGAUGCAGUCGUGUCCCUGCUUCGUCUGCAGCUGUUAAAAACAAUAAGUGCAUCUGUUGACAGUAGCGCCUGGUGCUUUUAGUCUGUGUACUGCUAGCUUGGUGAAGGCUGGGGUUUUCAGGGGUCCGCAAUAAUUCAAUAUUUUAAUCCUAAAUUCCAGUUCCAAAUCUGCCUCACUUCUAUUCCUCAAACGUACUGAUCACACACAGUCUCUCAGUGUCAUAUCUGUUAUUAUUCACACGAGAUUAACUCUCUCUCUUAAAAUUGUCUGGAAGCUAAACACUGCUGUUGAGGUUAGAUUUGUUCCCAAACCUUGUGCCAAACUUGUGGAUUCUUGUUAAUUAUUUGGAUUAUUCAAAUUUCCAUUAACAGUCUAACCCCUCAGACUUUCCAGAGUGAUUUGCCAGGCUUGAGCUGGUCAGUACAUCUCAGCGUCUUUCCCUCAUAACCUGAAGCUUCCCAGAGCACAGUGAAAUAGUCACAAGUCAUGUGUUGGUGGGUCUGUAAAUAUCUCUGUUCGGUUUUCCUGAAUUCUAGCCUCUCUGGUUGUCACGGUGUAUGUUUCUCCAGGAAUGAAAAUUUUGUUCUCCUCUACCUGUCAGCUUAUGGGGUUGUUUAUAGUGAAGUGUAUGUGUGUAUUAUUUCUUUGUGUUUGUGAUUCUACUUUUACUAUUUCCUGCAUGUUUUCUUUUAUCUGGCUGUUUCAAUUCCUUUGUUUUUUGUUUUGUAAUUCUGCACCUUGUAACUGAGUUUUGAAAUAUGCUACAUGAAUGAAGUUUGCAGGCUUUCAGCGAUGCCAUUAUUAAGGGUUUUUCAGUCAAGUAAAUGAUCAGUUUGAAGAAACACUGUUAUCGCUCAUUACUGUCUGUGUAUUCUAACUUGUAUACUCCGCAAAGUGUGUUGUUGGUAAGUUAAAAGACACGAUAUUUAUUAAGCGAUGACAAAAUGUCAGGUGUAGUAGUCGCAGAGCAUUUUGUACAGUGUUUCAGGAUGUGACCUUAAAGUGAUGAGCCUGUACUUUGUUCUUAUCCAGCUGGUUUUCACAUUUCUCUUUUAUUCAGUUAAUCUGCCAUUUAAUUCAUUUUCAUACUCCACCCAGUUUUUCCUAUUCAUUUCUGUCAGUUCUGGCAUACACUGUAGGCUGUAGAAAUAUCUUUAAAGUGCACUUAUGUCCCUUCAGGAUUGAUAUUCUGUAACCGUGUCAUUGAGCUCAUAUUGGGAAUAUAUCUGUGAAAAUCUUCUGGUUUGGACCUGCUAUUGUAAACACUUUGGAUUAAUUUCAGAUGACUAAUAUGGAUUGUCUUGGAUGUUUAUGUGUUGAAUAAAAUAAGUAACAAAA